CUCUCUCUCUCUCUCUCCCGCUAUCCUGAGUGGUUCUCAAAAUGGCUGAGCUGCUUUUAGAUUCAAAUAUUAGAGUUUGGGUGGUUUUGCCCAUUGUUUUUAUAACUUUCUUUGUCGGAAUAAUACGACAUUAUGUAAGCAUUUUAUUACAAAGCCAGAAAAAAGUUGAACUACAACAAGUUAGCGAUGGACAAGCUCUCGUAAGAAGUCGAUGUCUUCGGGAAAAUGGCCGCUUCAUUCCAAAACAUUCAUUUAAUAUGCGGAAGUAUUAUUUCAACGAUUCUGAAAAAGGAUUCUUCAAAAGCGAGAAAAGGGAAGGUGCAGCAAUGAAAAAUCCAAUGACAGAUCCUAGCAUGAUGACAGACAUGAUGAAAGGCAAUUUGACUAAUAUUCUGCCAAUGAUUAUUAUUGGAGGCUGGAUCAACUGGGCAUUCUCUGGAUUUGUUAUUACUAAAGUUCCAUUUCCUCUUACACUGCGCUUUAAGCCUAUGUUGCAACGAGGGGUUGAACUUGCCUCCCUUGAUGCCUCCUGGGUCAGCUCAGCAAGUUGGUAUUUUCUCAAUGUCUUUGGUCUGCGAUCUGUUUAUUCUUUGGUCCUUGGCGAAAAUAACGCUGCUGACCAAGCACGGAUGAUGCAACAGCAGAUGCAGUCGCCAAUGGGUAUGGGCCCUGGCCCCGAUAUGAAUAAGGCUUUUAAGGCUGAAUGGGAAGCUUUGGAGAUUGUCACCCACAAAUGGGCUCUUCAAAAUGUAGAAGAUGAAUUGUUACUCAGUCAUCCAAUACAAGAAUGCUAUUGAAAGAACAACACACCUAAUGUGAACAACAUUACUGCCAAGGAUGGUAUCUAUCACCAUGUUUGAUGAGUCAAGUAUCUUAUCUUGGUGAUGGAAAUGUGUCCACAGUCUGAAGCAGUAGAUCUAACACCAUCUAGUUUCUAGGUUAACCUUUUUUUGGUGCACUGAUUCCCAUGGUCAAUACUGAAAAUGUUUCAAUUCCCAACAGGAAGGUAAAAAUAGGGUUCCAUUUCGUUCCAAUUUCCUUUAAUAUAAAUGCAAGUCAUUGGUGGAUUUUGCAUGUUACCUACUAGUUUAUCAAACGUUUGAUUGUUGUUGUUGCCAACCGUUGGUCAUUAUGUAGUGCAGGACUUUGUCAGCGGCAGUAGAGUGUUACAGUCGACUUUAGGCUCAUCAUGGUUAGAGCAGAGGUAGGCAAAAUUUAACAAUAUGGCACAGAUACCAUAUUGUGUUACAUUGUUUUGAGGUCUCUAAAUCCCCGGAAAUAUAUACAUUUAAAAUGUUUUUCUAAUUGUUCUCAUUAGGUGAUUUUACAUGCUCAUCUUUCAGCCAUAAUUUACAGUAGAUACAGUAUUAUCAAGGUUGAUCUGAAACGAGCCCUAGGUUGAAAUCCUGGAAAUGACAUUUCACUGUAAAAAAGGUUUAUAGUUAUGAUGUAAUUUAAUUAAACUUAUACAGAACAUGUAUGAAUACUCAUUUUGUGUUACUGACCAACUUUGCUGACCCGUUGAUCAUUUACUUGUUCUCCCAAGGCUGUUUUAACCAUCAAUUUUACUGGUAAAAAUAGCUGGGCAACCAGUAAACAUUUCCUGUUUGUAAAAUUAAAAACUACUAAUUUUUCCUAGGUAGUAUAGACUGGCCUUCUUUCAAAAAAUUAACAUAUUCCAGUCUAUGCCUAGGCCAUGACUCUGUUUUUUCAAGUCAUUAAACCCCACUCAAAAGAGGUAACACAUCACACUGCACGUAAUUUUUUGAACAGGUUUACCAGUAAAAAUGUUUUCAUUUAAGAGAACAUUGUACUGACACCAUAAAGAUGCUUGCUUGCCCCCAGGGUUUCGGAAAAUAGUGGAAAGUCAUUAAUUGUAUUUUACAGUAUGUAUGUAAGCAUACCAAUUGUUAUUGUGCAAUUUAUUUUAUCAUAAAGUGAAACUUGAAUACAAAAAUAUCCAAAAAUUAUGCAGUCAAUUGUUUUCAGUUAAUUGUAGUUAAAAUUCCAUUCAAUCAAGAUCCUAUCUGACUUGAUAUUAUGGAAUUGAUAACUUAUUUAUAAAUAACAUAAUUAACAAAAGAGGAGUCUGGGACCCUUCUCGUACAAUGUGAACGUCCUAACCACUUGACUGCGAAGGGGUGGUGAUUCAAGCACCAGGUAGAAUCUGAAUUCCCUUCAUUCUUUAUACGUGUCUGAUGUCACAAUUUAGAUAUAGCACUAGUAUCACAUGUGAAUAUAGACUGUCAGAUAUCUAUAAGGUACACCCUUUACAUUACAUUACAUUAUUCUCGGCUCGCUGGAUCCCGAAUAAGAUACUUGUUUUAUAUAAAGUGAUUUUAAGGCUUGGGAAAACACCAAAAAAAAAACAGCAAGCGGAAUAAUGCAUUGAAUAAUAUAAAUUGAAACGUAACAGCAGAGGAAUUUGAAAAUGUAAGAAAAAUACUCAGUCUGCUCCAGGACCUGAACUCGAGGGACAUUUCACAUACAUUGCUAACAUCAUUAACAUCCGGAACACUCGGGUCUCUUACAACAGAUGAACCCAGCCAUACAGACUGAUAACUCGUAUUGUCAAACAGAGAUUAUCAUGGAAAUGUUGCCAGAAUGGGAAAUAGAGGAUCGCUAGGAUGAGUUUAAUUAAGUUGCUGGAGAAAAUAAGAGGGGAAGGCAUCGUGUUUGAUGGGAGAAGAAUAUCAUAAGAUUCUUUAGGGGUGCAAGUAAAUGACACUUCAAUUAUAUCGGAUUUAAAACUGAUCACUCACUAAUAAUGCUUUCUAUGGACUAUUAAACAAGAGAGGUCCUAGUUUUUGGAAAUUAAACACUAGCGUACUACAAGAUCCAAACUAUGUAAAGGAUAUUACAGGAACAAUAAUAAUAUUAUUUAUUUGGACUUGCACUUUUACAUCAGUGGCACGCUAUGGAAAACAAAGGUGUGUCCGAAACACAAAACUCAAAAACGAAAGAUUUACAAGAUACAUCAAAUUACAAGAACAACUAAGACUUAAAAUUACAGUAACGAAAAACGGCUAAAAUUUUUCCCUUUCUCUUCCCCGAAGAUUCAGAUUUUACCCCUCCCCACAACUAAAAAAAAAAA